AUGAACACCCUCGAAGAUAUCGACGGACUGGAAGAAUGCAUCGGUCGCGCAAUUCAAGAGCAUCUCGCGAAGUCCAACAUCAACAUUGCGUGGCCGCAGAUAGAUGGCCUAGCUCGACCUGUCCUCCGUUUCGAAGCUUUCCUCGAAGAUGCAAGCCCAGGGAGUACGAUGCGGCCGAGAUCAAACAGAGUAGCAUCGGUAUGUUCGUGGAAUCACCCCCAAGCGUCGCAUGUUGAUAAGCCAGUCGAAGAACGGGAGGCCACAGACGACACAGCACUUGACAGCUCUCGCAGAAAAGGAACAGGCGGAUUGCGAGUAUGCCAAACGCAGUCUAUUCAAGAGGACCUCAGCGAACACCAGCGUCAAAUGCAAGUUGACGCUCGAAGUUUUCCAAAGAGAAAAAAAGUGGCCUCCGAGAAAUUUGUCUUCCAACCGUCCACAUUAGACAAGCUGAUAAUUGGCAUCUGGGAGCAGUUCCAGAUACAACCCACAAGUACUACAAAUGUUAUUCGUCGAGCAUCAGCAGACAUCACAACGAUGGAAGUCCUCAGCACAGCGGAACAUCCAGUAUACGAGUCGUUCAGUCAAAUGAAUGUCUUCUGUCGGAAGAUUACGCAAGCGAGCCGUGUAUGUCGGUCCAUUGAGAUGAUCGUGCAAGCACGAUGGAUCGAGAUGUUCGAGGAACAGGUCCAACUUCGAGUCAGUGCAAUGUCCGAAUUGUCGGUGACCAAGCACAGGAAAGCAGUGUUCAUGGAAGCAUGUCAAGACUUUGGGUGGUCUGAGAAGGAACUGCGUAAUAAGAUGGCUAUUUGGCGAGGAUACAAGGAAGUCAAAGAUGCAGCGGGCUGGGCUGCUCUAGUGUUUGCCGGUAUGGGGAUCUAUCGGUUUUGCAAGUAUCGCGUAGGCUUUGACGUCGACGCCAUGCGACGACUGCGAAAUUCACGGAAGAGAUUGGAAGUCGCAGCAGACACAUUACAUCCGUAUUGGCGACAACUACUAGUGAUUGUCGGAGAGCCUCAGGCUCUUCAGUACCCUGGUCAUCCGCACGAGUGGGUUGUCUUCGAGGAUGGAUCGGAUCCCAUACCACUCCGGCAAACCUACCAGCUUCACGACCCAUACUUUACAUUUGAGAAUGUGGAAGAGUCGAUCAUCGAUGAAUCCGUAUGGGGAUGCGAAGAUCCGCGCUGGGUGCCGCAGUCAAAUGUUGCCAUACGGACGAACAGCGCUAACAGCUGUGCUCUUUGCAACCAGCAGCAGUCGGAUGACCCCAAAUCCAACUCGUGCUUUUGCUUUCCUUCGCUCUUCGGCUGCGUGAAGCGCAAACCCUCCCCGGUUCAAAUAUACCGCACACCAGAUGGAAAGAACAAUGGACUGGUGGCGCUGGUUUCGUUCGACCGAGGAGUUGCAGUCGGAGAACUAGUCGGAUCGAUCACCAAAGGCGUCAGACACCUAGACGUAAUGGAUAGCUCUACACCAUCGGCCAACUACCAGAUCUGGCAAGGAAGAGUAGGGAACUACACACGGUUCGUUAAUCACAGCUGCAAGGCGAAUGCACAAUUCUCAACCUUCAACUGGCUGGACACGCAGCGAGUAAUAUUAGUCAGCAAAGGAGUAGACGCAAGCUCAGAAAUCACUGUCGACUACGGCGAUAAGUAUUGGGCAGGCCUGGACAAAACAUCUACAAAUCAACUUCGGGACUGUAACAUUCACUCGACACCACUUACUCUUACCAUGAGCGACUACUCAUCGAACGCGUCCGACCAGGAGCUAUAUGAGCACCAAGCGGGUGCUAGGAAACGGAGACGGCUGUCACCAAAUGAGGAAGAGUCGGAUGUUGAGCCUGCGCCUUCAAGAAUUCCGGUCGCGACUAUCUCCCGGGUUAAGACGAAGGACAUUCAAGCUCCUGUAAUACGGGCUCAAGACAUAGCGACAGUACCUAUUACUAAAGAAAAGGCGGUGAGCUUUGCCUCGAUCGAUGUCGCUCCUUGGCUCGUUGCCUCUUUGGCGUCCAUGGAGAUCAAGAAGCCCACUGGCAUUCAGCAAGCAUGUAUUCCUGAGAUCCUCAAGGGACGAGACUGUAUUGGUGGAUCCAGGACAGGUACGGGUAAAACCGUCGCCUUCUCAGUGCCAAUCCUCCAAAGAUGGGCGGAGGACCCGAGUGGCAUCUUCGCCUUGAUCGUCACACCCACGCGAGAGCUUGCAAUCCAGAUUUAUGAGCAAGUCAAGGCUAUAUCUGCGCCUCAGUCAAUGAAACCGAUCCUCGUUACCGGCGGAACAGAUCAACGUGAGCAAGCCAUAAACCUGGCUUCUCGACCGCAUGUUGUCAUCGCCACACCAGGUCGUUUAGCAGAGCACAUCAAGACCUCUGGCGAAGAUACGAUCUGUGGUCUGCGCCGAGUCCGCUUCGUUGUCUUUGACGAAGCCGAUCGUCUCCUUGCUCCGGGUAAAGGCAGCAUGCUCCCCGAUCUCGAAACCUGUCUAUCUGUCCUUCCACCCCCAACAGAACGGCAGACACUCCUCUUCACAGCCACUGUCACGCCGGAAGUCCUCGCCCUCAAAGAACAACCACGUCCUGGUCGCCCGCCUAUCUUCGUCUGCGAGGUCGACACUGAAACUCUCGCCAUUCCGCCAAAGCUGCAGCAAACGUACAUUCAAACGCCCGUCACGCACAAAGAAUGCUAUCUGCAUGUGCUCCUUGCGACGCCCGAAAACCUUAAGAAAUCGGUCAUCAUCUUUUGCAACCGCACGAAGACGGCGACGCUUUUGGAGUACAUGUUGCGCGCCCUCGACCAUCGCGUCACGGCCCUACACUCGGGUCUCAAACAAUCUGAUCGUGUGAAUAACCUCGCCCGCUUCCGCGCCCAAGCCGCACGCAUUCUUGUCGCCACCGACGUCGCAGCCCGUGGGCUCGAUAUUCCGGAAGUAGCACUCGUUAUCAACUACGACGUCCCACGCGACCCAGAUGACUACAUCCACCGUGUUGGCCGUACGGCACGUGCAGGGAGAGUGGGUACCAGUUUGACGCUCAUCGGGCAGAGAGAUGUGGACCUCAUUCUUGCGAUUGAGAACAGGGUGGGCAAGAAAAUGGAAGAGUAUGAGGAAGAAGGUGUUAGUGUUGAGGGACGAGUAGUGCGAGAUGCGCUAAAGCCGGUUACGGAGAAGAAAAGGGAGGCGUUGCUGCAGAUUGAGGAGGGGAGAGAUGUGCUGGGAAAGAGAAAAACGGGCAUGCAGAAAAGGAAGUCGUGA